AUGGCGGAGGCUAACUGGAGCUCUGACACCGGCGAGGCCAUUUAUCGCUCUCGGGACCCCGUGCGCAACCUGCGCAUCCGAGUCCACCUGCAAAGAGUCACCUCCAGCGGUUUUCUCAGAUACCAGCCCGCUGCCCAUUCCGGGAAGAACAUCAUAGACUUGGCCACCUUGUGGCCCCAAUCAACAGCCAGUGGCCAUCGGCCUAAUGAAGAGGAAGAAGAAGAGGUUGUGAUUGGGUGGCAGGAGAAGCUGUUCAGCCAGUUUGAAGUAGAUCUGUACCAAAAUGAAGGCGCCUGUCAGAGCCCUUUGGAUCAUCAGUACCGGCAGGAGAUCCUGAAGUUGGAGGACUCGGGUGGCAGGAAGAACAAGCGCAUCUUUACCUACACUGACUCUGACAGAUACACCAGUCUGGAGGAGCACUGUCAGAAAAUGACCACUGCAGCCCAGGAGGUGCCUUCAUUCUUGGUGGAGAGAAUGGCCAAUGUCAGACGACGCCGGCAGGAUAGGCGAGGCAUGGAGGGCGGCCUCCUCAAGUCCCGCAUCAUCACCUGGCAGCCCUCAGAAGAAUUUGUCAGGAGCAACCAUGUCCUUAACACACCCCUGCAGACAAUGUACAUCAUGGCGGACCUGGGACCCCCUGGAAAGCUUGGCUACAAGAAGCACGAACAUGUCCUAUGCACUCUGAAGGUGGAUAACAGUGGUGUAAUCACUGUCAGACCCGACUUUACUGGCCUCCGAGGACCCUACAGAAUCGAGACUGAGGGAGAUAAGCAGGAAAUGUGGAAGUACACGGUCCACAAUGUGUCAGCGCUGGCGCAGAAGGAAGAGGAGGAGCGGGAACAGCGUGUGUUCAAAGAUCUUUAUGGCCGGCACAGGGAAUACCUCAACAGCCUGGUGGGCACUGACUUUGAGAUGCCUGUCCCUGGUGCACUGCGGCUCUUUGUGAAUGGAGAGGUGGUUUCAGCCCAAGGCUACGAAUAUGACAAUCUUUAUGUGCACUUCUUUGUGGAACUGCCAACCUCGAACUGGUCAAGCCCAGAAGUCCAUCAGCUGUCAGGAAUAACACAGACCUGCGUCACAAAGUCCGUGGGAAUGGACAAGGUGGCGUUUUUCUCCUACCCAUUCUCCUUGGAGGCCUUCUUCUUACAGCAGGACAGAACCACUGAUGCUGCCCUGGAGUGGCCAGUGCUCUAUUGUGAGGUGCUGUCCCUGGACUUCUGGCAGAGGUACCGUGUGGAAGGCUACGGCGCAUUGAUGCUACCCACCAGCCCAGGCUCUCACAUGCUGACUGUCCCCAUGUGGAGGCCGGUGGAGCCUGGAACAGUGGCCGAGCUGAGGAGGUUUUUCCUGGGUGGAUCUGUGGAACUGGAAGACCUCUCCUAUGUGCACAUCCCGGGAACCUUCAAGGGGGAGAGGCUGAGCCGCUUCGGGCUACGCACAGAGACUACGGGCAGCGUCACUUUCCGCCUGCAUUGUCUGCAGCAGUCCAGGGUCUUCUUGGAGUCAUGCUCCCUCCGCAGAAGGAUGAAGAGCGUGCUGGACAAACUUCAGGGCUUGGACCAGCACAGCUCUGUUCACGCGGUUCUGGAGGCUUUCCAACGAGCCAGACGCCGCAUGCAUGAGGCCCGAGAGAGCCUCCCCCAGGACCUACUCAGCCCGCCGGGUGCCCUUGUGUCCUAGUCUCCACAACAUGGCCCUCAGCACUGAGACUGAGGCCUGCAGGACGCUUCAAUUUCCCUUUGAUGGGCAAAGUCUCUGAAGGGCUUGGCCACCCCUGCCACCAGAGGGAUCUUCUCCCAUAUGUGGAUAUAGCACAGUACCCAAGCUCAUUCAUUCCCCAUCCAGUGGAGUUCCUGAGAGGGGACCUGCAAAUGUUGAAUCCCACUGUGCAGCCAGUUAUGGUUCUUCUUGAUUUCUGGCCCAGAGGUGACCCCUUGGCUGCUUUUCUCCUUCCCAAGACGAGGGAAGAGGCAGGAGGUGGCCAGCUCUUAUGGCAUGAGAACCUCAAAGUUCAAUGCCAAGUCUCAACCACCCAUGCACCGAUGCAGAAGAUCAAAGUGCCUGUAAGAUGCAGUUCUCUGGGAUCACUGCAGUGUUUCUACCACAGAGAUGUUUUCAGGGUAGUUUGCCUUGCAUGCAGCAAGCAUAGUCUCGUCUGUAGCCCCAUCAGUGAUGACCCCAGCACCACAUGAAGUGACCCCAAAAACCAUAGAUACAAAAUAGGCAGCUGUGUGUGAGUAGUCCAUGGAAACUUACAUUGGGU